UAUUGACGGCCUUACUUUUUGUUUUUUUGUUGAAUUGUCUUCUUCUUUAAUACCCGGAACGCGGGGAGGUAAGAAAAAAUUUUUUUCGGAGCAAUCCGGAGCCAGUGAAGCGGAUGCUGCAGAGGAAGAGAUCGGUGGAUUCUUGUUUUCCUUCUUAUCUUUGGCAGGAAAAGAUUGUGAUUGGCAGUUAAGGGGAGUGGAUAUGCUUUUCAACUGGUGCUGCUUUGGCGCGAGGAAAAGUGGUCAGCAAGAUUUACUUGAAUUUUCAUCUGCAAAGAAUAUAAAGUUGUUCUCUUACAAUGUACUAAGCUCGGCGACCGAUAAUUUUCAUCAAAGAAAUAAGAUAGGCCGUGGCGGUUUUGGAACUGUUUACAAGGGAAUCCUUAAGGAUGGCACACCAAUUGCUGCAAAGGUUCUUUCUGCCGAAUCAAAUCAAGGCGUUCGAGAAUUUCUAAAUGAGAUUGACGUGAUAACAAAUGUUAAUCAUCCAAAUCUUGUCCAGUUAAUUGGUUGUUGUGUUGAAGGAAUUAAUCGUGUUUUGGUGUACGAGUAUGUCCAAAAUAGUAGCCUUGAUCAUGCGUUGAAAGGGACUAAUAGUGAAAGAACUAGAUUGCAUUGGGGCAUUAGAUCUAAAAUUUGUAUUGGAGCUGCUGAGGGGCUUGCAUAUCUUCAUGAAGGCAUCGAGCCACACAUCGUCCACAGAGACAUCAAAGCUAGCAACAUUCUUCUUACGGAAGAAUUUCUUCCGAAAAUUGGUGACUUUGGUUUGGCCAAAUUAUUUCCAGAUAAUGUUACACAUAUCAGCACGCGGGUCGCUGGAACAACGGGUUAUUUGGCGCCUGAAUAUGCAAUUCAAGGCCAAUUGACAAGAAAGGCUGACAUAUAUAGUUUUGGGGUCCUUGUGCUCGAGAUAGUUAGUGGAAGGAGCGUUUCGAAGCCUUAUUGGUCUAAUGAUGACAAAGUUCUUCUAGAAAGGACAUGGGAGCUGUAUGGAGAAGGAAAACUCACAGAAUUAGUUGAUCCAUGCAUCCAAAACUACCCAGAAGAGGAGGUUCUCAGAUACAUCAAAGUUGCAUUAUUCUGCACUCAAGCCAUAGCUGCAAGAAGGCCUUCCAUGCCUGAAGUCCUCCAAAUGCUAUCAAAGCCUGUAAGACUGAAUGAGAAGGAACUAACUCCACCAGCCAUCAUUCAGGAUUCAACUGCGAUUGGUAGAGGAUUGAAAAGUUUAAGAACUUCUAAUUCUUCCACAAACACAAGUUCCAUUCCUGAGUUCACCUCUGCUCCUGAAAUGGCUCCAAGGUGAUACUCCUCAGAAUAAGGAAUGGAGGAUGAGAGAUUUGUUACAGGUUCUUUUUUAUCUUUGGUUGUGUUCUCUGUAUAAAUUUUUUUUACUUUGUUAAAUAAAUUGUUUGUGCAUAUGUUUAGUAAAUUAUAAGUGUAGGUGUAGCAUGAGGGGCUUAUUAUUACAUAGAUGCAAAUAUCAGUAAAGCUUAUUUUGGUAAUGCAGAAAAGUUG